GCUCAACUUCAAAUCCCUCUUUCUGUGUUUAAUAUUUAGAAUUCUUAGUUUACAUUAGCAACAAUGAAGACGGAUUCAUCACCCCUCUCUUCAGAGAAUUGCAUGUCUAUUACCACCCCUCUACUUGACUUGGAAAAGGAACAUGAGAUGUCAAGUAGUAGAGUGUCUCAAAAUACGGUCAUAGAGGAUGCAGAGAUUGAUGAAUAUAGCAUUAAUGAUAGUCCUAUUGAGCAAGUGAGGCUAACAGUUCCGAUCACCGAUGACCCUUCUCAGCCAGCGCUAACAUUCCGGACAUGGGUUCUAGGGUUAGCAUCAUGUAUUCUCCUUGCAUUUGUGAACCAGUUUUUAGGCUACAGAACCAACCCUUUGAAAAUCACUUCUGUCUCGGCUCAGAUUAUUGCCCUGCCACUUGGGAAACUUAUGGCUGCAACACUUCCCACAAAACCAAUUCAAGUACCUUUUACAACAUGGUCUUUUUCGUUGAACCCGGGGCCAUUCUCUUUGAAAGAACAUGUGUUGAUUACCAUCUUUGCUAGCUCGGGAUCUAGUGGUGUUUAUGCAAUCAACAUAAUCACAAUUGUUAAAGCUUUCUAUCACAGAAGCAUCCAUCCCGUCGCGGCUUAUUUGUUGGCGCUAUCGACUCAGAUGCUAGGGUAUGGAUGGGCUGGGAUUUUCAGAAGGUUCCUUGUUGAUUCACCUUACAUGUGGUGGCCUGAAAGCCUUGUGCAGGUUUCUCUAUUUAGAGCAUUUCAUGAAAAAGAAAAAAGGCCUCGAGGAGGAACAUCCAGGCUGCAAUUCUUUUUCGUAGUCUUUGUAGCUAGCUUUGCGUAUUACAUCAUUCCAGGAUACUUUUUCCAAGCAAUAUCAACCGUCUCUUUUGUAUGUUUGAUUUGGAAAGAAUCCAUCACUGCGCAACAGAUUGGUUCAGGCAUGAAAGGACUUGGUAUUGGUUCAUUCGGCCUUGAUUGGAACACUGUUGCUGGCUUCUUAGGUAGUCCUUUGGCUGUUCCUGGCUUUGCCAUCAUCAACAUAAUGGCUGGAUUUUUCUUGUAUAUGUAUGUUUUGAUUCCAAUUUCUUAUUGGAACAAUUUGUAUGAUGCAAAAAAGUUUCCGCUCAUUAGUUCUCAUACAUUUGACUCUACCGGUGCAACAUACAAUGUUACUCGGAUUCUCAACACUGAAACAUUUGACAUUGAUAUGGAAAGUUACAGCAAUUACAGCAAGAUCUAUCUAAGUGUCGCCUUUGCGUUCGAGUAUGGAUUUUGCUUUGCAGCUCUUACAGCCACAAUUUCGCAUGUUGUCCUCUUCCACGGAGAAAUGAUUGUUCAGAUGUGGAAGAAGACAACAACUUCAUUAAAAAACCAACUUGGAGAUGUCCAUACAAGAAUUAUGAAGAAAAACUAUGAACAAGUCCCUGAAUGGUGGUUUGUCACCAUUUUAAUUUUAAUGGUUAUGAUGGCCUUACUAGCCUGCGAAGGCUUCGGCAAGCAGCUCCAACUUCCAUGGUGGGGAAUCUUACUUUCUCUAACAAUUGCAUUAAUUUUCACCUUACCAAUUGGUGUCAUUGAAGCAACAACAAACAUAAGAUCAGGUCUCAAUGUAAUCACAGAGUUAGUAAUUGGUUUCAUCUAUCCAGGAAAGCCGCUUGCUAAUGUAGCUUUCAAAACAUAUGGCCAUAUCAGUAUGGUACAAGCACUUGGUUUUCUUGGUGACUUCAAAUUAGGCCACUAUAUGAAAAUUGCACCAAAAUCAAUGUUCAUUGUGCAACUUGUAGGCACAGUAGUUGCUUCAUCUGUUCACUUUGGAACCGCAUGGUGGCUUCUAACAUCUAUUGAGAACAUAUGUGAUGAAUCAUUAUUGCCAAAAGGUAGUCCUUGGACAUGUCCUGGUGAUGAUGUAUUUUACAAUGCUUCAAUCAUCUGGGGAGUUGUAGGGCCAAAGAGAAUGUUUACCAAAGACGGUGUUUAUCCCGAAUUGAAUUGGUUUUUCCUUAUCGGUCUAAUCGCACCAGUUCCCGUGUGGCUUCUUUCUCUCAAAUUUCCCAACCAAAAGUGGAUUCAAUUCAUCAACAUUCCUAUUAUCAUUGCAGGUGCAUCUGACAUCCCACCUGUGAGAUCUGUGAAUUAUAUUACUUGGGGGAUUGUUGGAAUAUUUUUCAAUUUCUAUGUUUAUAGAAAGUUCAAAGCAUGGUGGGCUAGACAUACUUACAUCCUUUCAGCUGGUUUAGAUGCUGGAGUUGCCUUUAUAGGUUUACUACUUUAUUUUUCUCUUCAAUCUUACGGUAUUUAUGGUCCAACUUGGUGGGGUCUUGAACCAGACCACUGCCCUUUGGCUAAAUGCCCUACAGCUCCAGGUGUACAUGCAGAGGGUUGUCCUGUUCCCUGACUACAAUGUUACCAUUCCAUCAACAACAUUGGCAAGUGAAUAUACUAUAGGACAUGUAAAUAUAUGGCAUAAAGGUUCAGAAAAGUCUGAGGUCCAAAACAUGGCCAAGGAUGAAGUUCAGGAAUACAAGAGAUAUGCUUAGUGGUUGGAAAUUUGGGGGCUUUCAUUUCUGAUAUUGUUGCAUGGAAUGAAUGAUGAUAUGCUAUAGCACUAAAGAAAUUGAUUGAAGGACAAGCAACCAUGCUGAACAUUGAUUUCGUAGUUCAUCUCUUUGGAAGUUUAUCUAGCCCAUCACUCCCCCAAAAAAUGAGCUUUAUCAUUUUAUGAAUGUAAGUAAAAUCAUAGUAGAGCAAAAUCUACUGGUGUCCAUAACCAUAACAUCCUAUAUCCUAUUAAAAAAGCUGAGAAAUUUGAAGUAUAACGGUUUGAUUUA